AUGCCGUCCACUUCAUUGGCGGAGCAGCUACAAAAACUUUCAGCACCUCAAUCUUCUAUUUACAAGGAUGAGAAAAAGAGAGCAUCUUUACUAUUUGAUCCGAAAGAGGCAGCUCUUAAAGACCGCGAAACUUUUUAUGAAAUAGGCGUCAGUGGCCUCAGAGAAUUAAUAGCUUUAUAUGAAGGCUUUCACGUGUAUGAAGAUACAUUGUUUAGUAUUGGCUCAAAAGAUUUUGAAAGAGCUGUACAAACAAAAGAAGUUAAUCAAAAUUUGGAUCAGACUAUAGAAAAGUUUCUUUUGCAAUUGUCACCAUAUUUUCUGCUCCAGCCUUCCCACAAGGCUCUUGAGUGGCUAGUAAACCGAUAUCAUAUUCAUGAAUAUAACCAAGAUGCUAUCAUGAUGCUUAUUCUACCAUAUCAUGAAACAAAAAUUUUCACAAGAUUCCUCCAAUUACUUACCAUAAAAGGAAAAUCAAAUAGAUGGAAUUGGCUGAGACCUAUUCAGAAACAGGGGAUAACAUUAACAAAGCAGGUCUUGCACAAUCAAUGUGUAUCAAAUACAGCGACACUUCAAUUCAUUGCUAAAAUGGUAUUAAAGUAUGUGAAAGUAUAUGGGGAGAGAGCAAUGCAGUUGAAUACAGUUUUUGCAUUAUUUGCUAUGACAGGGCUUGGUGUUAUUGAAACAAUAAAAACUGUCAAUGAAGCAGUGAUUAAUGCACUUUUACCAACAAUAUUAAAGGGUUUUGAGUCAACCAUACAAAAUUUUCGUGCUUCUGCAUAUACUGUGUAUGGGUUUAUUUGCAUGCAUGCCUCAUUAAAACAAAGCACUCUUGAUGAGAUAAUAGGCUGUCUGUUAACUACAGAUUUUGAGCUGAACUAUGAAUCAGUUCUUCUUAUUAUAAUGACUUAUGGUUUUCAGAAGCAUCUUACAAAAAUAUCUGAGGAAAUACUGAAUGAUAUGUCGGGAAAUAUUAUGAAUAAUCUCUGUAAACAUUUACAGAUUAUAGCUGGAAGAUUAAAGAAUAAUAUAAAGCCAUUUGUUCUUGCUUUCCUUUCUAGCACACUUCCAAUUGUUCAGAGGGGUAAUGAAGAGUUAAAAAUAUUCUGUAAGUUACCAGAAAUGUUAAUAGAUGAGGUUGAUUUAAAAAAUCAAGAUUCUGAGGAUAUCAUCAAGUGUAUUUUGGAUGCCUUUCAACCACCUCAAAAUGUAACAAAUGGUAAUGAGAGUGAUGUUGAAAUAAUUGAUGAAGAUAUGGAAUUGUCUCCUAACAUUUUAAAUUGGUAUUCUAAGUUCUUAAAAAAUAUUGAAACCAAGUAUCCUGAGGCUUUUGAUAAAGUUAUCAAAAGUAUUAUGAGUUCAGACAGUGAUAUUUCAUCAAAAAGGCGGUCACAGUUAUCCAAGUUAUUAGGCUUUAAACCUGCAGUGGCACAUAAAGUUAGUGGGGCCUAUCUGUUUGAAAAUUUAAACCAUGUUAACCCUGAAUUACGUAUUGAAGCUGUUAAUUACAUAGCAAAGGAGUUCCAAGCACUGAAACUGGAAAAUGCAGAAUUCGUUAAAGAAUCUAUUGUGAACAGAUUAAAUGAUGACAAUCCUGAAGUUGUAAAAGCUACACUUGGCAUUUCCAGUAAGUGUAUGGAAGAAGUAAUGAAUGAUAAUGAAUUAACAAAUGCCUUUGUUAAUAUUGUCACAAAGAAAUCAAAGAAGUGGAAUAAUGUAGUAAAUAAAGCUGUAACUAAAUUCUGCUCUAUCGAAACAAUGCCUGUUAAUCAAGACACAGUGUUGUCUUUGAUACCAUAUUUGUUCCCUUAUGAUAAAAAAUCUGCUGAAGUAACAUGGCACAUAUUAAAUUCACCAUGGGGUAAAAAAUUCGGAUUGAUUAAUAAGCUGGCAGAUGUUAAUAAUUCAUUUAGUGAUAAUUUUGAGGUUUUAAAUCAACUGAUAUUCAGAGUAGUAUUUGUUGAUAAAGCUAUUAGUUUUGAUAAAUUCCUAGAUAUAAAUCUUAUAAAUCAACAGAACACCCUUGAAGUUUAUCUGUUCAUGUUAUUAAAAUCUUGCUCAUUUAAAGGAGCAACAGUUGAAGAUUUAACAAAUACACUAAAUAUUUUACUAAAAUCGGUCCAGAAUAGAACAAUAAUAUCAAGUUCUGACUCUUCAAGCUUUUCUCCUCAAAUUAUUCCAGAAUUUAUAAAACUUUCAAGACAAAAUAAAAUUGUUUUUGAGGUUAUGGAAUACAUUUUUUUGAGGAUUGUUGAAGAUAUGAAUAUUAAAGAUGUAACUAAGCCAUGGUGCAAUGUUUGUAAGAUGCCAGAAACAAUCCUUGUCAGGAAACUUUAUGAAUUAUUCCUUACUGGUUGUGGAUUUCCCACAUAUGGUGACAACUAUACUAAGUUAUUGAAGUUGCUCCUUGGAAAAUUAUUUAAUAAUGUCAAAGACAAAUUUCAAUUUGUUGCUAAUAUUGCGUGUGGGCAUAUUCUUUUUGCAAAUAACCCUGAUGAUGUCAUUAAUCCUGAACUUCAAUUGAGAAGUUUAAAAUUGCUUAAUAAUUUUAUAACAAUUCAAGAAAAUGCAAAAUGGAUUUAUGAUAAUGAUGUGCUCAUGCUUACAAUACUUUUUGAUUUAAACAAUCCACUUGCAGCUAUACGACAGUGCGUUAUUGAUUUGAUGAGCAAACUAUUGAGAUAUGAACCAGACAAAAAUUUGAUAUAUGUGCAGCUAAUGAAAGAAUUAAUGUCUCACAAAGAAGAGUUACUAUUAGAUCCAGAACAAGUUCCACAGGUGUUAAAAACUAUUUUGACACACCACUCCCCUGGCAAUAAAAUGUUUAGGAAGAAUUGCCUGUUGAAACUAACAAGUGUUUUGAUUUCUGAUACUCCAUCUCAUAUUAAAUGUACAUUAUUAAAAUUACUGACAUAUAUAAAUAAUGCAAACAGUUUUCUUCACGUGAUACCUUCUUUAAGUUCUCUUGAGAAAAAAUUAAAAGAAAGUAAUAAGAAACUUACAUUUGAUAUAUAUGAAUCUAAUUUGUUUAUGUUAGUCUACAGCCUGAUAAAUGAGGCAACAGUACCUACUUUUACAAAAGUACAGGUUUGGAAGUCCAUUGAACUUGGCUUAAAAGAAUAUCGUGAGUGUAUUUUAGAUGAAAAUCAAUCUUUAACGAGUCCUUGCGUAUUGAUAAUGAAGAAAUUUGAUGAUGCGGUUUUUAAGGAGUUACCUGAAGAGAAAACUGCGGAAUUCAUAUGUCUUGUCGCAUCUGCUGGAGCUUUUAGUAGCAACCCGAACAUUUCUUCCACUGCGUCAAAAUUAAUGAAGAAGAUCCAUCUUGAGUUUCGUCAUUUCAAGCCAAUUUUAGAUAAAAUGCUCAAUGCUGUUGAUCCAGCUGCCAGUGUGCCUAAGAAAAAGAAAGUUUCUGUCUCUUUGCUGUCUUAUCAAUUAGCAGGAACUGAUGACUGGAGAUUGGGUGUCAUAAUGUUGGAAUAUGUGCAGAGUAAAAAGAAAAUGACUGCAGACAAUUCUUUUGUUUCAAUUCUAUUCCAACUGCUUAACAAAUGCCUAAGAUUCGAAGAGCAAUCCUAUGUUGAGUAUACAAAACAACUCAUUCUAUCGUCACUAUGGUAUUAUUGUAAGAAAUUUGUUAAUGAUACCGAUAAAGAACAGCUUCAGUCACUUAAGAGUAUAUUUGAUGUAGAAUUAGUUGUUCAGUGCAUAAGAGGAACUCAGAAUCCUCAAACUCAACAUCAUGCAUUGAUUUUGCUGUCACACGCGGCGUAUAUGUUACCAGAACAAGUAUUACAUCAUACUAUGGAAAUAUUUACAUUUAUGGGAUCGUCAGUUCUAAGGCAUGACGAUGCCUAUAGUUUUCAAAUUAUCACUAAGAUUAUAGAAACUUUGAUACCCAUAUUAGUAAAAUUAGAUAAAAAGAUCGAAGAUUAUACCGAAAAAGAAAUCCAGCAACUGCAAAAUCGUGUAGUUCCAGUCUUACGAAUAUUUGCUGACGUCGUUUUACAUGUUCCCGAACAUCGGAGGCUUCCACUUUAUAAGAAGUUGAUAGAGACACUAGGGCCUAAUCAAUUCCUUUGGGUUUUCAUCGCGCUUUUGCUGGAGACUCAUAUUGCUCAUUUCAACGAAAUUAAGAAAAAGGACAAAAAUCAACAGAGAACAUUAGCAGAUAAAGAAUCUCCAAUAAAUAGACUUGAUUUUGGGCAAAGCAUAUUAUUAGAAUUUUCACCUGAAAUUUGUUUAGAAAACUUUGUCAAGCUGAUGAUUUACAUAAAAUCUUUGCCGAUACAGAAAGAUGAAAACUCAAUGGAAACAUCUGUUGAUCCAAGUGAAAUAUUUAGUGUCAACAGUCAUACUCCGAUCCAGUUGCGGCAUUACAAAUAUGUUAUCAUAACCUUUAUGAAUACUUGCUUAUCUUCCUCGCGAUUCAUUCAACAUAACAGUCAAGCAACAGAUAUCAAAACUAUGGAAAGUCUUUACAAGUCAUUUAUAAUCAAUAUAUUAACAUUUAUUCAAAGUAUUUCGAAAAUAAGCGAUGAGAAAACUGCUAAAUAUUGGCGGGUCAUGUUACAUCACAGUUACGAUUUAUUAGAUCAUACUAACAACUUACUAUCAGCUCCUAUGUUCGUAUCUGUUGUACGAGGACUACUGGGGCGUACUCUGCAAACAGUACGAAGAAAGUCGAUGGAAUUGUUAAAUUCAAAAAUACAGUUUAGUCCAGAAAUGUUUAUGGAUGUUGACAAAGAGCUGCUGUUUUCUUUGCUGCCAGCGUUAUUAGAUAUCGUGAAAACAAUUGACAAAAAAGACGAUUCGUUAAGCGAAAUUGAAGCUCAAGAACUUGAAUUGAAUCAGCAAACUGCACUUCUAUCUUUAAAAUUGCUUACAAGAAUGUUAGCAGCAGAUAAUCCGGAACCAUUUAAACCAGUUUUGGAAGUUGUAACUGAUUAUACAUGCAAUCCGAACAUAAGCAGCAAUGUGAUGGCUUCUGUUGUCCUAUGUUUAGCUGAACUAUGCGGUAACCUUAAAGCGCAUUCUUUAUCUAGCCUUCGUAAGUUUAUGCCAGCCCUUAUUAAAGUGCUGAAGAAGCAAAGAAAGACCGACGUACAAGAAUUAGUAUUGCUAAGUACGGUGACUGCUAUUUCUAAGAUCGUUGAAAGUUUACCACUUUUCUUGAGCCCUUACUUACAAAAAAUCAUGUAUGAGUAUUCUAUACUCUUCGCCAAAUGGCAAAGCUAUGACCAAGAAUGCAGUAAAGUUUCUGCAAUCAUAACGAAAUUAUCUAACAUAAAGAAGAAAAUUGCGAGCUCCAUCCCACCCAGGGUUUUAAUACCUGUCGCGAAUGCAACAUAUCACCUAGUUGUAGAUAAGGAAAACUAUGAUGCUGUAGGUCCAGUGAUGUCGGUUCUGGCAGAUUGUUUCGCGAAUGUCACGACGGCAGAUUUUACGGCACUCCAGCAAGACUUGACAGCAUUCUUCCUAUCGGCACUUCAGUUACGUAGUGAUGCUGUUGAUAAGAACAUUGAUGUAAAUAUUAUCGAUAGAGCUGAAGACAAAGUGGUUAAUGCUUUGGUGUGUUUAGUCCUUAAGUUAUCUGAGACUAAUUUCAGGCCAUUUUAUUUUAAGAUUUAUGAUUGGGCCAUAAGGACUAAUAUCGAAGGUCAUAAAGAUAGAACAAUAACAUUCUAUAGGCUAAGCAGUGCUAUCGCAGACAAAUUAAAGGGACUCUUUGUCUUGUUUGCCGGACAUUUCAUUAAAAAUUCGGCGGAAUUGCUUGACGCAUGCAACAAUAGCAAAUCAGAGGAUUUGUACUUUGAUUCAGAGGAGAAAUGUAUAUCCCUCGUCAACUAUAUAAUGAAAACUCUACAUGUAGUUUUUCUUUAUGAUAGUCAGAAUUUCCUCAAUAAGGAUAGAUUUGAAACACUUAUGCAGCCAGUGGUAGAUCAGUUGGAAAACACGGUGGGAGGAAUUUCAUGUCUUAAGACGAGAGCGACUGAGUUGAUAAUCCCGUGCAUUGCUCAGUUUGCCGUCGCUACUGCUGAUGAUUCUCUUUGGAAGUUGUUGAACUACCAAAUUUUAUUGAAGACUAGGCAUAAUGAUGCCGAGAUCAGGUUAAUAGCUUUAGACUGUCUGGUGUCGAUGGCAACACAGCUUGGAAGCAGCUGGCUUCCACUGUUGGCUGAAAGUGUACCGUUCCUCGCCGAGUUGCUAGAAGAUGGCGAUUCUAAAAUAGAAACAUGCACUAAAGACGCAAUAAGAAAAUUAGAACAAAUAUUAGGAGAACCACUAGAGAAAUAUUUUUAG